UGUAUGCAUCACAGGAUGGGAAUGAAGUGAAGGUGUUGGGUUGUCAAAUUGACCUAAAUGUUUUCAAUUUUUUGUAGCCGACUAGGUUUAGAAAAACCAGGAAGCUGAGAGGACAUGUUAGCCAUGGUCACGGCCGUAUUGGCAAACACAGGAAGCAUCCUGGAGGUCGAGGCAAUGCUGGUGGAAUGCAUCAUCACAGAAUCAACUUUGAUAAAUAUCACCCUGGUUAUUUUGGAAAAGUUGGUAUGAGACAUUACCAUUUAAAGAGGAGCCAGUUAUUCUGUCCUACCAUAAAUCUGGAUAAGUUGUGGACACUGGUCAGUGAACAAACCAGAUUAAACUAUGCUAAGAAGCCUGAAGGACCAGCACCUGUUAUCGAUGUUGUACAUGCAGGUUACUAUAAAGUUCUGGGUAAAGGAAGACUUCCAAAACAGCCAGUCAUUGUCAAGGCUAAGUUCUUCAGCAGGAAAGCUGAAGAGAAAAUCAAGGAAGUUGGAGGAGCCUGUGUGUUAAUGGCAUAAACUUUAACUGGGUGCAAGAAUUAAAAGAAAAUGUCACUUUUAA